AUUUGUUUGAUUCGUCAAUGAAACAUCUUAUUUUCAGAUAGAAUGCAAUGUCUUCUAUAGCUAAGAGAGGAGCAAACUAUCUUUACGGAAAGCUACUCAAGCCUUUGGCCAUCGGUUCAAUAAAGUUCGGUAUUGGAGCUGGACUAUACUAUAAUUUUGAUCAGAAGGUUGGUUGUUUAAGAACUGUCAAUGGACCUUCUAUGUCACCAACCCUUAAUCCACAAUUAAAGAAUUAUUAUAGUGGUAUUCGUACUGGCAGGUUGGAUAUUUCGAAUGAGCUAGUUUUUAUUUCAAGAAAUCUUCAGAAGUUGGAGAGAGGUGAUAUUGUACUAUUGGACCGGCCCAACAGAGACAAUGACAGGUUGGUGAAAAGGGUUGUAGCCGUCGAAGGAGAUACAAUUACACCCUUUGGAGUUGGAUCUACUGUCCGGGCCCCUGUUAAACUAGGACCCGGAGAGGUUUGGGUUGAGUCUGACGGUGGACCUGGAUAUCUGGGUAGUUCAGUCUUUGGUUCUGUUCCUAUCAGUUGUAUCAAGGGAAUAGCGAAAGCUGCUAUUUGCAUUGGUGCAACCUCCGACAGUUAUUUUUUCUUUAGAUUCCUUGCUCAAGAGAUACCUGCUCACGUACAGCCUAACUUGGUAAUCAAUCGACCAAUACCAACUGUUCAAGAAGAAACCGUCCCUGUGGCUUAAAAACUUGACUAUC